CCCUGGGACCAGGAAGGGCAGGGGCAAGGCUAGGCAGGGCUCGGCUUCCAGUCACUGGGCAUAAAUAGCGACUGAUCCAGCAAGUACCCAGAGCGAGAAAGCCAGAAGGGCAGAGAGAGAAGCAGCAUCGUUGGAGUCAGCGGCGGCAGCAGCAGCAGCAGCAACAGCCCAAGGUUUCUCCUCCGCGCUCCAGCCCACUCCUUCCAAAACAUGGACUCCCAGAAAGCUCUGUCCAGCAUCUUCCUGCUAUUGUUCCUUCUGCAUCUCCAGGGCAGUUUUUCUCAUCCCCUAGACGGAUCUCGCCAGGCCCGGGAGCUGACCGGGGUCCAGGAACUGCUGUACCGACUAAGGGACACAAUCUCUGCUCUGGAGGAGCUGGAGACGGCAGAGCCUGAGCCGAGAGAGCAAGAAGAGACCCCGGUGGAAGACUGGGAGAACAGAAAGCCCGAACACCAAGUGAUGCCAGACGGCAGCCGAGGCUAUAGGGUCCCCACCUUCCAGGCUCUUCGUGGUCUGCAAAGCCCCAAACUGAUGCGGGAAUCAGGCUGCUUUGGCAGGAGGCUGGACAGAAUUGGCUCUCUCAGCAGCCUGGGGUGCAAUGUGUCAAGAAGGAAUUAAGAAGUCCCAGCCACCUACUUCCUAACAUCUAAUUCUCACUGAGGCUUUUCCACCCCUCUCAAGAUGACUCCUAUUUAUUUUUAUUUAUUUAUUUAUUUGGUUUUUUUAUAAGCUGGUUUCUUACUUUUGAGCAUGGAAAAUUCAUGAUUAAAUAAAAUCAGCCUGAUGUCUUUUUAUUUUGGAUCUAUUAUUCUUGGAGCAUUAAAAAAACCCAGCUACUUUCCUCUA